CAACGUCCGUGUAGUAAAAUGUCUCCUGAGUGGUUACAGAGCCGCAGCUCUUCACGGAGCCGCUGAUGUAUAAUGACAGCUGCACUGCCGCACCUAGCCCCGCAGCAGCUAGCGGUGUUUAUAUAAGUGUUUGUACUGUUACGGUAAGGUCGUUAACUCUAGUUGGCAGGCGGACAUCAUUCACCGCAAGAGGGGAAAACUUCCGACAAGCAUGGCCUCCACUUCGCCACACAACUUCUCCUGGGUCGAACCGGGCAAACUGGCCGGACUGGCAUUGCCCAGGAUGACAUGUGAAUACCAGUACCUGCUGGACAACGGUAUCAAACACCUGGUUUGCCUGUGUGAGAGAAAACCGCCUUACCACGACUCGUGUCCAGAGUUGCAGCUGCACCACAUCAAGAUAGCCGACUUUACUCCUCCUUCACCGAGUCAGAUUGACAGAUUCCUCUCUAUCGUGGAAGAGGCCAACUCAAAGGGGGAGGGCGUGGGAGUUCACUGUAUGCACGGACACGGGAGAACAGGGACCAUGCUGGCCUGCUACCUGGUGAAGACGAGGAAGUUGUCGGGGAUCGACGCCAUCAACGAGAUCCGCAGACUGCGACGAGGCUCCAUUGAAACCCACGAACAAGAGAAAGCUGUGGUGCAGUUUUAUCAGCGCACAAAGUAGCGUAAAGGAACAGAAGCAGACGUACCAGUGGGUUUUUACUGUUAAUAAGUAAAUACAAUUAUAAGGUGGAAGAAGUGCCUUGAUUAUACUGCUAAAUUAAAACUUUAUUAUGUUGGAGUUGGAAAUACAAGACUGAAUCUUUAAACAAUACUGAACCCAACAUUGACAUUACUCACAGUCUGAGCUUGGGACAUUUCACCAAAACAAACAUUUCUACUGUAAAUACAUACGCACGCUGCCUUUUUACAUGGUACUGUAUACUGUCAUUUUGCCAGCACAUCAUUACUUUAGUUUAUGUCGAUAAAGAAGACAUGUUCCUCCUCUGACAGGGUUCCCACGUGUUCUGGAAAAUCUGGAAAACCUGGAAAUUUAGAGACUAGUUUUCCAGUCAUGCAAACACCUGGAAAUUGAUUAAAAUGACCCAAGUAUCCUGGAAAAUUAUCUAUGUUGUCCUGGAAAAUUCAUUUCAAAACUCAUUACAAAUCAGAUUACAUAAACCUGGGUGUGUAUUUUGUUUGAAACUCUACUGUUGGCUGGAUAAGCUGCGCGCUAUGACACUUCAGAGCUAGUUUACCAGAAGCAAAUCGGGAAAAAUGCUUUUCAAUGUCAGUCAAAAGCCGUUUACACCACUUGCAGCAAACUUUUGGCGUAAAGUCUAUUUUAGAAAUGUGUUGUUUUGGUUGCUAAUUGUUAAUUGUACGUGCAAAGAACACUUAUACUUUCUACCUUUUCUUUGAAUAAGCUAGAAGAUUCAUUUUCUGUAAAACAGAAUAAACUCUACAGGAUUUGAAUUGUUAUCUGUGGUCUGCUGAGGCCUCAGCGGAAAAAAAUCGGCUGUGGUGAGAACAGCCAAGCACGCCACAUAAGCUAACGAGUUGGAACCCUGUCUGAGGCUUUACAAGGCUUCAUUUAUGCAGUGGACGGCAGAGAAAAGAGACGCUGACGCUCCUUGAAUGUGAGCUUUUCAGGAGCCGACGCUCUCUUGAUUUUCUCCUCCUGGUUUCUGUGAAUAAACAAUGAUAUUAGCAGGAAUACUUGAAUUGUAUUAAUGGGGACACAAUAAUGGGGCCUGUGCUGUUUUAAGAUAUAUUUAAAGAGCAUAGUCUGCAGAUUAAUUUUACUCAGGGAGGUCUCUCAAACACUUUUUGGAAUAAUUAAAUUCCAAUAAUGUCUGACUGUUUUAAAAAGUGCAAUAGACUAAAUGAAGCUUCUUGUUGAGAUAGUAAACAACUGUGCAUGGAGCAAACUCACCCUUUUGAAGCAAUGUUGUUAAUGUCUUGACUCGGUCCACUUGGUCUUUGACCUGCCCAAAAACAUGGAGAUGUUGUAAUGUGUAAUAAAAUAAUAUGUCUGACAAGCACAGACUCGUUUUAAUAAAGAUAACUGACAACAAAA